UUUCUCGAAGUUUCCGACUACGACUGGUUUACCCAUAGUACCUUGCGCCACCGCCUCCUUUCUUCUCGGUUGUGCGGUGGGCCAAAAUGUCGCUGAUGGAAGGUCCGUUAAACGUGCUCGGCCAGCGAACAACUGGCGAGUCGGUUCGCACUCAAAAUGUCAUGGCUGCGGCAUCCAUCGCAAACAUCGUCAAGAGCUCCCUCGGACCAGUGGGCCUUGACAAAAUGUUGGUGGACGACAUUGGGGACGUAACCAUCACCAACGACGGAGCAACCAUCUUGAAGCUCCUGGAAGUUGAGCACCCAGCCGCCAAGGUCCUGUGUGAAUUGGCGGACCUGCAGGACAAGGAGGUCGGGGAUGGGACCACAUCUGUGGUCAUCCUCGCUGCGGAGUUGCUGAAGAGUGCAGAUGAACUGGUCAAGCAGAAGAUUCACCCCACGUCGGUCAUCAGCGGAUAUCGUCUGGCUUGCAAGGAGGCGGUGCGCUACAUCAAUGAAAAUCUCACCAUCGGAACAGACGACCUGGGCAGGGAGUGCUUACUCAACGCGGCAAAGACGUCCAUGUCCUCCAAGAUCAUCGGAGUCGACGCCGACUUCUUCGCCAACAUGGUCGUGGACGCCACCCUGGCCGUCAAGUUUGUGGACGGCAAGGGCAUGGCCAAAUACCCCGUCAACUCUGUCAACGUGCUGAAAGCGCACGGGCGCAGCCAGAAGGAGAGCUUUUUGGUGAACGGCUACGCGCUCAACUGCACGGUCGGUUCGCAAGGGAUGACAAAGCGAAUUCUCAACGCCAAGAUCGCCUGCCUCGACUUCAGCCUGCAGAAGACCAAGAUGAAGAUGGGCGUCCAAGUCGUGAUCAACGACCCAGAGAAGCUGGACCAGAUCCGACAAAGGGAGUCCGACAUCACCAAAGAGAGGAUCCAGAAGAUCCUGGCGUCCGGAGCCAACGUGGUGCUGACCACCGGCGGCAUCGACGACAUGUGCCUCAAGUACUUCGUGGACGUCGGCGCCAUGGCUGUGAGGAGAGUCCUGAAGAGGGACCUCAAACGCAUCGCCAAGGCCACAGGAGCCACGGUCUGCCCGUCUCUCACCAAUCUGGAGGGAGAGGAGACGUUUGAGGCCACCAUGCUGGGUCAAGCCGAGGAGGUCGUGCAAGAACGCAUCUGCGACGACGAGCUCAUCCUCGUCAAGAACACCAAAGCGCGCACGUCGGCCUCCAUCAUUCUACGCGGUGCAAACGACUUCAUGUGCGACGAAAUGGAGCGCUCGCUGCACGACGCACUCUGCGUGGUGAAGAGGGUGCUGGAGUCCAAGUCGGUGGUCCCGGGCGGGGGCGCCGUGGAAGCGGCCCUGUCGAUCUAUUUGGAGAAUUACGCGACCAGCAUGGGUUCCCGGGAGCAGUUGGCCAUUGCCGAGUUUGCUCGCUCCCUUCUCGUCAUCCCCAAGACGCUGGCUGUCAACGCUGCGCAGGACUCCACGGACCUGGUGGCCAAGCUGAGAGCCUUCCACAAUGAGGCUCAGGUUAAUCCGGAACGCAAGAAUCUCAAAUGGAUCGGUCUGGACCUGUUGAACGGCAAGCCGCGGGACAACCGGCAGGCGGGGGUGUACGAGCCCACCAUGGUGAAGACCAAGAGCCUGAAAUUUGCCACGGAGGCGGCCAUCACCAUCCUGCGCAUCGACGACCUCAUCAAGCUGUUCCCCGAACCCAAGGAGGGCGGCCCGUCGUACCAGGACGCCGUCAACUCCGGAUCUCUGGAGGGUUAAUUUACCACGACAAGAGCGCUUCAGUGGCUCUUGCUUCACGUGUGUGUAUGUAGUCGUUUGCACUUGGCCUGUUUACUGAGUCCCCCGCUCCUCAUCCUCAUCAACUGUAAGUGAUUUGACAUUUUUUGUUUUGGACGCUUAAUAAAAUUCCAGUGGUUGUACGAUGGCCGUUGGUUCAAGUUCA